CAACAAUCUGGCCGCCGAGCUCGUGCGAAAAGAAGCGGCGCAUCAUCCUCAGCUCAGUCCGCCGCAAUUUCGGGAGUCAUUUUGCGCUGCAGAGGCUGAGCUACUCGGCGAGGCUGUAGCUGCACUCGAUUGAUUCCUCCAUUUACAGGAUUAUUAUCAGCAAACAGCAAGCUGGUGACGCCGGACUCCAACCCGGCCGGUCCUUGCCUGAGGUAAAAAGUGGCCCAUCCCUCACCUCAGCUAUCAUCAACAAGACAUCAGCCCGUCGGACAACAUGGAUUACGACGCCCUCAAGGAGCAGUGGGGUGAGGUCGAGGAUCGCGAUGGCGUCCGCCUGAGCUGGAACGUCUUCCCAAGUACUCGCAUGGAAGCGUCGAGAUUGGUCGUCCCAAUCGGUGCCCUCUACACUCCCCUGAAGGAGAAACCCGACACUCCCCUACUUCAUUUCGAGCCCGUCACCUGCAAGCAGCCAUGCCGCUCGGUCCUGAACCCCUUUUGCCAGGUCGAUGUGCGCGCUCGCCUCUGGAUCUGCCCGUUCUGCCUGUCGAGGAACCCCCUGCCGCCGCAUUACAAGGAUAUCACCGCCAAUGCGAUCCCUCCCGAGUUGCACCCUUCCAACACGACCAUUGAGUAUAGGCUAUCACGACCGGCCCCCAGCCCGCCCAUUUUCCUCUAUGUUGUGGACACGUGCCAGGAAGAGGACAGCUUGGCGGCCCUUAAAGAGUCGCUCAUCAUGAGUCUCAGCCUGCUGCCUGAGCAUGCGCUGGUUGGUCUGAUUACGUAUGGGACGAUGGCUCAGGUCCACGAGAUCGGCUACACUGAGUGCGCCAAAUCGUACGUCUUCCGGGGCAGUAAGGAAUAUACCGCCAAGCAGGUCCAGGAAAUGCUUGGCCUCAUACAACCAGCCUUGCGCCCGGGAAUGCCUCCCGCCCAGCCCGGGCGACCUAUGCCUAUGGGACCUGCCUCUCGCUUCCUGCUCCCAGUUGCGCAGGCCGAGUUCCAGUUGACGAAGGCGCUCGAGCAACUCCAGAAGGACCCUUGGCCUGUUUCCAGCGACCGCAGAAACCUGCGCUGCACCGGAGUGGCCCUCUCCGUUGCCGUUGGCCUGCUCGAGACCUCUUUCCAAAAUGCCGGAGGACGUAUCAUGCUCUUCGCUGGUGGUCCAGCUACGGAGGGUCCUGGUAUGGUCGUUGGCCCCGAGCUGAGGGAGCCUAUCCGGUCACAUCAUGAUAUUGACCGUGACAAUGCCAAGUAUUACAAGAAGGCGCUUAAGUUUUACGAUAACCUAGCCAAGAGAACUGCUCACAACGGCCAUACCAUCGACAUUUUCGCUGGCUGUCUAGACCAAGUCGGUCUCCUGGAAAUGAAAGGCCUCUGCAACUCGACGGGUGGGCACAUGAUCUUGACAGACAGUUUCACUUCGUCCAUGUUCAAGCAGUCGUUUAUCCGCAUCUUUGAAAAGGACGGGGACGACAACCUCUUGAUGGGCUUCAAUGCUGUCCUCGAGGUUCUGACGACCAAGGAGCUCAAGGUUACUGGGCUCAUCGGCCAUGCCGUUUCGUUGAACAAAAAGUCAACAUCGGUGGGCGAAACAGAGUGUGGCAUCGGAAACACGUGCUCUUGGAAGAUGUGCGGCAUCGACCCGAAGUCCAGCUACGGCAUCUACUUCGAAAUCGCCCAAGGGGGUCCGUCACAGCACCAGCAGAGCCAGAAGGGGAUGAUACAGUUCCUGACCUACUAUCAGCACUCUUCCGGUCAAUUCCACCUCCGCGUCACCACGAUUGCCCGUAAUCUAAGCGGCCCUGCUGGAGAUCCGGCAAUUGCGCAGUCCUUCGACCAAGAAGCCGCAGCUGUGCUGAUGUCCAGGAUUGCCGUCUUCAAGGCUGAAGUGGACGAUGGGCCGGACGUCCUUCGCUGGGUGGACCGGAUGCUCAUCAGGCUGUGCUCUAGAUUCGCAGACUAUCGAAAGGACGACCCAUCGUCCUUCCGCCUGGAAAAGAACUUCACGCUUUACCCACAGUUCAUGUUCCAUCUGCGGAGGAGUCAGUUCCUGCAGGUCUUCAACAAUUCGCCCGAUGAGACGGCCUUCUAUCGGCAUGUCCUCAACCACGAGGAUGUCAGCAACUCACUCAUCAUGAUCCAGCCUACCCUCGACUCAUACACGUUUGACCAGGAAGGCGGACAGCCGGUGCUCCUGGAUUCUACAUCUAUCCAGCCGACCCAUAUCCUCCUCCUCGAUACCUUCUUCCACAUCCUCAUCUUCCAUGGCGAGACGAUUGCAGAGUGGAGAAAAGCCGGUUACCAGGACCAAGAAGGCUACGAGAACUUUGCAGCCCUCCUGGAGCAACCAAAGGAGGAUGCCAGGGAACUUAUCACGGAUCGCUUCCCGCUACCGCGCUUCAUUGUCUGUGAUCAGGGUGGCUCCCAGGCGCGGUUCUUGCUCUCCAAGCUCAACCCGUCCACGACACAUACUUCGGGCGCCGGAGCCUAUGGUGGCGUUGGCGUACAGAGCGCGCAAACCAUCUUCACAGACGAUGUGUCCCUACAAACAUUCAUGGAGCAUCUCAUGAAGUUGGCGGUUAGUGGAACGAACUAGAUGGUCUAGAUCGAGUUCCGGGAACUGCGAGACGUGCGGGUGUAGAGUCUGGUGGGACCGGCAGGUUGGGGAAAGAUGUGAUGCGCCUGUGGGCGCUCAUCUUUAUAGAGUAAAGGGCUUUGUGUGUGAUUGUCUAGCGUCAAUCUUAUAUGGCAACCGAUUUGCUUAGAAAGAGUUCCUUCCUCUGUCCUCAUGCCUGUUGCAGCUGGGACUCUGAGUGAAGAGUUGACAAGACGGGGCGUCCACGAUGGAUGGAACUUAAGACGGAAGAGGUGGGACCACAGUGUGGCUCAAACCAAUCAACUACAAUCUGGCUGUGG